GGCUUGGUGUAGGGCAGGUGAAGCUGAGAGGGGCAGAAAACAUUCUUUGUUCAUCUUUCCACACGUCUAAACACAGAGAAGUGUCGCUGCUUGAAAGCUCUUAAAUGUAACUGAAGAAGCUCAGGAGUGUGUCACCAUCAUCACCACCACCACCAUCAUCAUCCUCAUCAUCCUCAUCACCACCACCACUAUCACGGGACGGUGAGGACGGCAGUAAGCAACUCGAGGAGCUCGGAACUCCGUGUAGAAGAGAUGCUGCGUGCUGUGAGCCGGACUCUGUGAACCGUGAACCGCUGCAGAACAUCACCGAGCUGGCUGCUGUCCAAUCCAACCGCCUGCUUAAGCGGUUUGUGCGCGAAGGCAACCGGAAACACCCAUCCGCAUCCUACUCAGGAGUCCGAGUCUGUCCGAGUGUGUCCGAGUCUGUCAGUGCACCUCAACCCGCAGCUGCUCCUGGGACCGAGAGGAGUUGGACAUCAGAAGAACCCGUGUGUUAGGAGACGUGGAGCUCUUCUCUUUCUCUUCAUUUAAACAUCAUGCUGGAUUAGUGCUGGAUGAGAAGACACUUUUCACCAUGAGCACGAACGGCCCGUACCAGCACCGCAGCUACGGUGGAGGAAGUGGAGGCCACGGUCACGAGUCCAUCUCCUGCUUCCGAUGCGGUGACGUAUGCAAAGGAGAAGUGGUGCGCGUGCAGAACGUCCACUUUCACGUCAAGUGUUUCACCUGCCAGGUGUGCGGCUGUGACCUCGCCUGUUCUGGAUUCUUCCAGCAGGCCGGUGAGUACAUCUGCACCGAGGACUACCAGCGGCUUUAUGGCACUAAAUGUGACAGCUGUGGUGAAUUCAUCAGCGGGGAGGUGGUGUCUGCUCUGAACAGGGCGUACCAUCCCAAGUGCUUCGUCUGCACCAUCUGCAGGAAGCCGUUCCCCAUCGGAGACAGGGUGACCUUCUGCGGGAAGAAGUGUGUGUGUCAGCAGUGCUCACACACACUUGUCAGCAGCAACGAGCCCGUCAAGAUCCACGGGCCGAGUCACUGUGCAGGCUGUAAGGAGGAGAUAACUCAGGGUCAGUCUCUCUUGGCUCUGGAGAAACAGUGGCAUGUCAGCUGCUUUAAGUGUCAUACCUGUGGCACAGUCCUGACAGGAGAGUACAUCAGCAAAAACGGGAUUCCAUACUGCGAGGCCGAUUAUCACCGUCAGUUUGGCAUCAGGUGUGAGACAUGCCACAGAUACGUCAGUGGGAAAGUGCUGGAGGCCGGUGGAAAGCAUUAUCACCCGACGUGUGCUCGCUGUGCACGCUGCCAGAUGACGUUCACUGAAGGAGAGGAGAUGUACCUGGCAGGUUCGGAGGUGUGGCAUCCGAUGUGUAAGCAGGCUGCGAGGAUGGAGAGGAAACUCAGGCUAAGACGCACCUCAGAGGCCUCUAUCUCUCCUCCCGGCUCCAGUAUAGGAUCUCCCAGCCGGGUCAUUUGUUCUCUGGGAACUCUCUCUGUGUAUUCUCAGGAUAUCUACGACACUUUGGACCUCAGGCAUCGGCGUUCCUCCAGCCCGGGCUACAUCGACUCGCCCACGUACGGCCGUCAGGGAACGUCUCCCGCUGGGCCGCGUUCUCCUCAGCUCUACUACCGCUACGGCCACGACAGUGGCAGGAGUUCUCCGUGUUACAGUCGGCUCGACGCCAGGUCCAGCAUGUCCGCCAUGUACCAAGCGCCCAAGCAUUUUCACCUCCCAGCCACCGGGGAGGCCAACAUCUACAGGAAGCCACCCAUCUAUAAGAGACACGCUGUGAAGAGUAAAACCAACGAAGAAAUUCUGUCUUCCCCUUUUUCAUCACCGGACCAUUUCCAGCACUACUACCACUAUGCUGGCUCACCCAAAGUUCCUCGAGCUCGCCGGUUCUCCUCAGGCGGAGAGGAAGACGGCUGGACUCAGAACAUUAACAGAAUCCAGGCCGGAAUCGGGAGGAUGAUCCUGAAGGAAGAGAUGAAGGCCAGGUCUGGUUCCUAUGACAACGACCCUUGGGCCAGCGCACGUAACUCUCGCAGUGGCAGCAAAGAAACGCUGCCCGGACUAGGCUACAGUGACACUGUUAACGGCUCUCCCAGGUCGCAGUACAGCACAGACAGUGAUCCAUUCAUCUCGAAAUCUGCUUCGUUGCCAGGUUAUGGCAGGAACGGUCUAAACAGGCCCCACAGUGCAGAUUAUUUCCACUAUGACAGCAGCAAUGCAGUAAACUGGGGAUUUAGAGAUUUAUCCGUAUCAGGAUCUCAUCGUCACUGUCCGAGGUCGUAACACGCUGCCCGGUGACGUGGACAGGACGAGAUUAGAGACACCUUUCCCCUGAGGAGUUCUACCGGGUGUUCGGGAUGACGAUGUCCGAUUUUGAGCGCUUGGCACUGUGGAAACAAAAUGAACUGAAGAAGCAGGCGAGGCUGUUCUAGAAAAUAUAACUGUGGACCUCACCUCAGGACCGACAAGCAGAGAAGCUCUGGAGGGUUAAAGAUCUGGAUCAGAGAUGUGUUCCAUCAAACCGGACACGACGAAGCGUACUCCACCCCAUAGACUGACGGACACACGAACGACACUCUGUCCAGAUAUACCUUACAUGUGAGAUCCACUGACCUAAAACGGCUUAACGAACGAAGUGCGUGCGGCUCGUUUGAUUUUAUUUCCGACUCCUGCAGAAUCCUUAACUUCAGGUUGCACCGUAUGGAAGACGUAUGUGACAGAACGUUGCCUUACAUGUGAGAAUGUCAGGUUAACACCAGCAAGUGUGUAAAGAGAUGAAAAAAAAGAAUGUUGGAUGUAUGGAGAUGUUUCAUAGCCAUCACUUGUGAGAGAGUGUAUCGUGAAUAUUUUGCAAAACCAAAGUUUGGAAGCGCAUAUGCCAUACUUGGGCAGAAAUGCUUCAUCAGGUGGAGAACGAAUGAGAUUUAUGAACGAGUAGAAUGUGGGGGAAAAAAAAGGGUUAUCAGGACGAGAUGCUACUUGAACAACUUGAAACGAUGCAAAGUACGAAAAAGAAAUUCCUGACGUUUUAAAAAAAUGUUUACUUAACACCUUUAGCCCUCUUUCUUCAUUCCUUUUUGCCUUAAUUAACAAAAGGUUAAAAUAGCAACCUCAUUCGAAAUCAGGAACAUUUAUUUACCACAGAUCAGCCGUGUUCAGUGUUCGUUUGCUUCAAGACUAGAUCCCUAAAUCUCUUCACUUCAAUACACAAACAUCUCAAAUUGCUUAAUGGUUCCCUCCAUUUUCAAUAACCAUUGUGUCUUUUCAUUUGAAAUCUAAACAAGCUUCAGGAAGGAGACAUGAAACGAUCAGAAGACAGCUGGGUCCGGUUGUAAAAUACACAUCAUGAUACAUUUUCCAUCGCAAAACAUUUUCAGUCGAAUUCUGAUCAGAUUUCUGCAGCUGCUGUGUAAAAGCCUUUAUAUAGCGGGAGCAACAUUGUGCAAUUCCAUAUACUUUUGUUCUUCUUUUUUGAAUAAUACUAUUAACUACUUUAAAGAGCAUAUGAGCGGAUUUAAAACUGUGUCACAUUUUCAGCUGAUAGAGAUAAUAGUGAAGAAAAUCUUGACUUUUAUAGACCAAGUAUGAUUAAUGAACUUAAACGAUUAAUUAAAAAACUAAAAGUAAUACAGUGUUAAUUUUAUUUAAGUAAAA